UCGCCCGAAGUAUAAUUGGAAUAUGGUGAAUCAUUUCAAAGGGGCAUAGGGAGGUCUGUGUGAGAGAAAUUCCUGGUGCAGUCUCUGCAGUCAGCUAAGUGUCACAUACAACAUACUGUAGUAGACUAGAGUAUGUAGAAUAAGGGGAGCCUCAAAAGAGGAAAAGAAAAGGUUGAGUAAAGAUGCUGAAACCUGGAAACAAGUGAAAAAGUUGGAAAGUUGGUUUCUUGGGUUUUGCUUAUUAUGCUUUCCAAACCUUAAAGUUUGGAAUUUUUUUCUUUUUUUUUUUUGGUAGAUACAUGUCUAAUGUUGUUUCAAGAAUCCAAAGGUUGGUGGCACUUUACUGAUUGGCAAGUGGAUGGCAGUAGACAUGAAUCUUACAAGUCUUUAUGAAAUAAUGGUGCAUUUAGUUGAUGAGUAUUCCUAAUGGUUAGAACUUUUUUUAUGUUUAGUUUGAUGUUGGUAAUGGUGAAAAUGAAUAUUUAGUUCUUGGGGAGCUCUGAAAUCGAAAAAGAAAUAUGUUUUCUAGUGCUUGAGGCUGAGGGAUAAACGCCGUUUCGUUUUGGUAAUUGGUUGUUUCCAUAUCAAGAUUCUUGAUUUUAGGACCUCUUCCCCUUUUGAUAUUAUCAAGAAAAUGUUGUGUUCUUAUUUUUGAUAGAAAGGACAAUUAGCUGAAAGUGAUUAGGGUUUGAAUUGUUGGGGGGAAAGGUUGUUUUGUGAUUAGUGGUAAAACGGCGUGUUUGGAUUGUGAGACCUUUUCAUAAUAUCAAUGUCCUGCAAAGAUGGUAGAUCAGUUGAAGAUAACGGCAAGUAUGUCCGUUAUACACCUGAGCAGGUUGAAGCUCUUGAAAGGCUAUAUCAUGAAUGUCCAAAACCCAGUUCAAUGCGUCGUCAGCAGCUUAUUCGUGAAUGUCCUAUUCUCUCCCACAUUGAGCCUAGGCAAAUCAAAGUUUGGUUUCAAAAUAGAAGAUGCCGGGAAAAACAGAGGAAAGAGUCAUCAAGGCUUCAGGGUGUGAAUAGAAAGCUGUCAGCAAUGAACAAGCUAUUAGUGGAAGAGAAUGAUAGAUUGCAGAAGCAAGUUACUCAACUGGUAUAUGAAAAUGGAUACUUCCUCAAGCAAACUCAAACUACAAAGCUUGCUUCAAAAGACUCCAGUUGUGAAUCAGUGGUAACGAGUGGUCAACACCACUUGACACCUCAGCAUCCCCCAAGAGAUGCUAGUCCUGCAGGGCUUUUGUCCAUUGCAGAAGAGACUUUGACAGAGUUUCUUUCAAAGGCUACUGGAACUGCUGUUGAGUGGGUCCAAAUGCCUGGAAUGAAGCCUGGUCCGGAUUCCAUUGGAAUCAUUGCUAUUUCUCAUGGUUGCACUGGCAUGGCAGCUAGAGCUUGUGGCCUGGUUGGUUUAGAUCCAACAAGGGUUGCUGAAAUCCUUAAGGAUCGCCCUUCCUGGUAUCGUGACUGCCGGGCUGUUGAAGUUCUAAAUAUGCUGCCUACUGCCAAUGGUGGAACCAUUGAACUUCUUUACAUGCAGCUUUAUGCUCCAACAACUUUGGCACCUCCUCGUGACUUCUGGCUGUUACGCUAUACUACUGUUACGGAUGAUGGCAGCUUUGUGGUUUGUGAAAGGUCAUUGAGAAAUACUCAAAAUGGUCCAAGUAUGCCUCCUGUUCAGAAUUUUGUGAGAGCAGAAAUUCUGCCAAGUGGAUAUCUGAUUCGGCCUUGUGAGGGCAGUGGUUCUAUUGUCCGUAUUGUGGAUCAUAUGAAUUUAGAGGCAUGGAGUGUGCCAGAAGUGCUGCGUCCACUGUAUGAGUCAUCUGCAGUGCUUGCUCAGAAGACAACAAUGGCAGCACUACGCCAACUGAGGCAGUUAACGUUGGAAUUUUUACAGCCUAAUGUCACUAAUUGGGGCAGGAGACCAGCAGCUCUACGGGCAUUAAGCAAGAGGUUGAGCAGAGGGUUCAAUGAGGCUCUCAAUGGUUUCUCCAGUGAAGGCUGGUCUAUGCAGGAUAAUGAUGGAAUAGAUGAUGUCGCCAUCCUUGUUAACUCCUCUCCUGACAGAAGGAUGGGCUUAAACCUUUCUUUUUCUGAUGGAUUUACAUCAAUAAGCAAUGGAGUUUUGUGCGCAAAAGCAUCUAUGCUUCUACAGAGUGUGACUCCUGCAGUGCUUCUCAGGUUUUUGCGUGAGCAUCGAUCAGAAUGGGUAGACAACAAUAUUGAUGCCUACUCAGCUGCAGCUGUUAAAGUUGGUCCUUGCAGCCUACCUGGGGCUCGAGUUGCUAAUUUUGGGGGUCAAGUGAUACUUCCACUGGCACACACCGUUGAACAUGAAGAGUUGCUGGAGGUCAUUAAGUUGGAAGGAGUUUGCCAUUCCCCGGAAGAUGUUAUAAUGCCAAGAGAUAUGUUUCUAUUGCAAUUGUGCAGUGGAAUGGAUGAAAAUGCUGUUGGUACCUGUGCUGAACUCGUUUUUGCUCCUAUUGAUGCCUCAUUUGCUGAUGAUGCACCACUCCUUCCUUCUGGGUUUCGCAUUAUACCUUUAGAUUCUGCUAAGGAAGCCUCCAGUCCAAAUCGCACCCUUGAUCUUACUUCUGCUCUUGAAACUGGGCCCGUAGGAAGUGAGGUGGCUAAUGACCUUAAGGCGACUGAUGGCACAUCAAAAUGUAUUAUGACAAUGGCUUUUCAAUUUGCAUUUGAAAGCCACAUGCAAGAGAAUGUUGCAUCAAUGGCUAGAAAGUAUGUCCGAAGCUUCAUUUCAUCUGUUCAAAGGGUUGCAUUAGCACUUUCUCCAUCUCACUUCGGUUUCCUGGGAGGUCUUCGUCUGCCGCUGGGGACUCCUGAAGCUCAUACGCUGGCUCGGUGGAUCUGCCAAAGUUACAGGUGUUUUUUGGCUGUGGAGCUUCCAAAAUUGAGUAGUGAAGGAAGUGAAUCUAUCCUUGAUAACCUAUGGCAUCACUCAGAUGCUAUUAUCUGCUGCUCUGCAAAGGCUAUGCCAGUUUUCACAUUUGCCAACCAGGCUGGUCUUGACAUGCUCGAGACAACCUUGGUUGCACUUCAAGAUGUUUCUUUGGAGAAAAUAUUUGAUGAACGUGGAAGGAAAAACCUCUGCUCUGAGUUCCCACAGAUAAUGCAACAGUUCUCCAUUUAAGAAGGUUGUCUUCACAUCCAUUUGAUGAAUUUGAAGAUCGUGCACGACGGCUAAUGCUAUCAACACUCGAAUAGAUGUAAUUCUUGUUACCAGCGAAUACGUGUUGAAAUAAUCAGGACCUUCUCGUUGUCUGAAGUCUUUGACAAUUAGUCUUGCCUUAUAUUUAUCAAUAGUGUCAUCAUCUUUCAUUUUCAUUUUUGAAAAUCCAUUUAAAAUUCAAUUUUUUGUUUGGUUUCUGGGAGGAAUAUCAAUCACUUUUCAUGUAUGAUUAUCAAUAUGGAUUAUGUUUCACCAUUGAUUGCCUUUUUUCAAUAUUGUGCUUUUGAGGAAGACAUUGCUUCCCUAAAAGUUUGAGGCUCAUUUUUCACUAAAAAUGUCAAGAAAUCGGGACCAAAUGAAGUUGGUGUCUUUUGACGUUUACUACGUCUUGAAUUUUCCUUAUUAGGUAUACUCCCCUUUGAUUCUUCCCAAGGUCGUUUAGAUCGUUCGCUAGAGAACUCAUAUUCAUUCUUAUAUGAAUAAAUAUUUUUAAAACAUUCAGCAUUAUCUGAUUCAAUUACUGUAUUCAGAUGAAUGUCAGGAUUUUCUGAUUUAUGAACCAGAAAACGAUAUGCUUUGCUAUUGGUGGCAUAUCCAAUGAAGCUACAAUCAAUUAUUUUCAAUCCCAUUUUAACCUUUUUGGGUUUAAGAGCCUGUACUUUAGCCUAGCACCCCACAUUUUAAAGUAUUUCAAGUUGGGGUUUCAUCCUUUUCAUUUUUCAUGUGGAAUAAAUUGUGUUUUGCUAUGGGAAACUCUAUUAAGUAUUUUAUUUGCCGUGAGAAUAGCUUCCCCCACAAGUUCUGGGGUAAACCAAAACUUAUCAACAUAAUAUUCAUUAUCUCCUUUAAUAUUCGAAUUUUUCUUUCCAUAAUUUCAUUGGGUUGAGUGAAUAUAGGACAGUUGUUCGAUGAAUAAUGCCAUAAUCCAAACAUAUUUCUUCAAAGAGAGAUUCAUAUUCGGCACCCUUAGCCUUUUUAAUCAUUUUGAUUUUCUUAUUACUUUGUGUUUCAACUUCAUUCAUCUAUUGCUAGAAUGCUUCAAUUGCCUCAUCUUAGCUAUUAAGCAAAUAAACGUAGCAAUAUCGAGUGUUAUCAUCAAUGAAAGUCUUGAAAUAUUUUUUCUCGUGGCGAGAUGGUAUUUUCUUCAUUAUCACAAAUAUUUUUAUGAAUUAAGCCUAAGGAAUUUGAAUUUCCUUAAUAGACUUCUAAGGAUACUUAGCAUACUUAGAUUCCACACGACACUUCAAGUUAUUACUUUCAAAUUUAGGCAAUAUUUUCAAGUUAAUUAUUUUUUGCAAAGUUUUAUAAUUAACAUGCCCUAAACGUGCAUGUCAUAAAUUAUUUGACUAAAGCAAGUAAGAAGAAGAGAAGACAUUUUCCCCCCUGAACUUGUCCUCCAAAAAACUCACUUUAGCACUUAAACUUAGCUUUCGUUUAUUUACCCCCCUUAACAUCUUUAAAGUGAAUAUUUCCCCCCUAAUGCUGAUGUGGCAUUUUAAAAAAAAGGGGUGCGUUUUAGAUUUUUCUUCUUCUUUUCCCACUUACACACACACACACAUAUAUAUAUAUUUAAAAGAAAAUACUCCUUUCUUCUUCAAUACCCCCACCCCCUUUCACCUCUCAUACCUACCCCACACACCUACACCCCACACUCAUACCAUUUUCUUCUCCAAUACAUCAACAAACAACAACACCCAUUUUCUACAACAAUUAAUUCUUCCAUUAACAGCCUCAAACACAUCCUCCAACAACACUUUCCUCCAUUUUUUUUCAUUUUUCUCCAUUAAUACAUUCUCCAACGAAGAAAUUGAAGACAUUAAAUUGCUUCAUUAAUUCAGUUCGAAGAAUAACAAAAUUGAAAGAAAUUUUUGUAACUUUUAUUUUUAAAGUUCAUUGUUCCUUCGCUAUUCUUUAUUUAUGUUUACAUCUUCAAGGGUGAAUUUGGUGGUUGAAAACUUGAGAAAGUUUGAUUGAAGGUUGAGAUGGUGUUUAAUGGAGAAAAAUUUUUAAUUUGAUAUUUUGUGAUUG